AUGACGGAACUAAUGAAGUCAUCAUCAAACUCAACCAUCAGCUCAAUCAGUCAUUCCUUUAACCCAAUACCAUCAGCAAAGCCCUACUACUUCAACUACUCAGUUCAUUUCAUCACGCACUUAAGUCUUACCGUUUACCUCUAUUACACAAUGCACUCCUUCAAGUUCCUCGCACCUCUCAUCCUCGCCACCCUCGCCUCCGGCCUGGCCAUCACCCCCAACUCCGCAGCCCUCGAAGCCCGCCAAGGCAAGACCUGGAACAUCAUGACGGGCUCCGAGGACUGCGGCGCCGACACGGCCAACGCCUGCAUCCUCCGCGGCGGCGACCCGACCGUCGUCGAGGACAAGAGCCCGCGCUUCUCCAACGGCAACGUCUGCCAGGGCCAGACGGCCUCGUUCCAGUCGCGCCACCCGCACCCCGACGCCGGCAGCGUCGCGAACCCGCACUGCGUCAUCACGGCCAGGAUCGACGACAGCUGCAAGAUCAACGGCAAGAGCGGCGCGCAGGAGAUCGGGCUGAGCAGGAACACGGAGAAGACGACGCCUAUCGGAACGCCUGAGACGGUGGGGGAUGUCGAGUUCAGCGGGAGCUGCGGGGCUGGGACAUACAUUGGAAGUGAGAUCAGGCUUGUUUAG